AGUCUCUCCAUUCAUCUCAUCUCUAUUUCUAUGUAUGUAAAAUAUUCAUCUCAAUCAAAUUCUACAAUUCUAGAUUUGUGUUAUCUGUGUUCCGAUUCAUCUCGAGUAUGCUCAUUGCCUCAUUCUUCCUCGCCUUCAAGCCAAACGCAAACGAGACACUUCAACUGCUCCAAUCCAUGUUUGACGUGCUUCCACACGAUAUCACAAUCGAAUGAAACGGUCGAGAUUGCGUCUUCAUCCGGCGGCUAGAGCUGGAUCAAUUGUUUCGUUAAAUCUGUUUUGUGGAUGUUCGAGUGAGUUGCGGAACUACCCGAUGGGUUACGUGAUGGGAGAGAGUGAUAGUAUUGAAUCUUUAGCAAUUAGAUUUGGGUCUGGGAAACUUAUUAUUGAAGAUGAUGAUGACAAGGAUGACGAUGAUGAGGAUGAUGAUGACAAAGAUGAAGAUGACGUUGAAGAUAAAUUGUACAGAUUGAUUCAAAUUCCGGUCUCUAUUGUUCAAAUACACAUUUGUUUAAGACUGAGCUCUCUAGGGUUCUAUAUGAAAUCAAUAUUGAUGUUAAUUAGCUUUCAUGCUAUCAUAUUCUGUGAACUGUGUUUGAGAGAUGUCAGACAUUCAAAAGAAAUGAUUUCCUCACAAAAUUUAAAGAAUACUCAAUUAACUAAUUUGUUUUUCAAGUACAUGUAAUGAAGAAGAUUAUGUUUGACUAAAUGUGACAACAUUUUGAGAAGAUGGCAGGUCAAGUUGAUGCAACUAGCAGAUUAAAGCAAAGCAGAAGCGAGAAAAAGAGCAGGAAGGCAAUGCUUAAGCUUGGAAUGAAGUUCAUUCCUGGUGUCAGCAGA